GUCGGAAACACAAGUCCCAAGAUAUAUGACUAGGUAAAUACGUCGCGUUCUCGGAGAGAUUUAAAUAGCAAAAGGAUUCUACUAUUUGUCAAUCUCGAACUGUCAACGUGUUAUUUCGGUGCGGAAUAUGAUAUCGGCGAUGAAGCAUCCUGGCGUCGAUGGUGAAGAGUAACUUUGCACAGAUACGGGAUAUUUACCUUCUGAGAGGGAUAAAAAGAUUAGGAGGCAAACUGAGAUCCGAGGUGUCUCCGGAGGUGACGAGAAACAUGGAAAUCAUCGCGUUGUUGGUGUUGCUUGUCGCGGAAUUGGCUCUCGGGGAUAUGAUUAAUAGCGUGUUUAGUCGCAUGGACCCCUGCACCAGUUUGUGCGAGAAGACACCUAUUGGUUUUCCAAAUGUACAUAGUACAUAUGUAAAGUCCUGCUGCCAGCGAGGCUGCAGGUUCUUCAAUCUAGUUGACCUGCGUUAUGGAUGGGAACAAAACAAUUUAAAUGGCACUAGGAGCGCCUGCGAGGCUUCGUGUAUCGAGGCUUAUGCGGAUCCGAAUGACCGCUAUGCCUGUAGCACUGGCUGUAAUUUCAUGGCUAAGCAACGAAUAUCAGACCUAUUGUCUCUAUUCUCUAUCGCCAUAUGCAUGGAGGAAGGUAUAGACUCAAAUGUUUUACCAAUGUCACUCGACAUGCCGGAGAAUGAUAUAUUAACCGAUCCCGGAUUACGCAAGGAACUGCUUCCUCGGUGGUGGGACUCCGAUGGCUUUAAACUACCGCAAACCUAUGUUAAAACCAUACCAACGGACGCCAGGAGUAUGGAUUACACUCUGUCCUCCGACUAUUCUGGAGAGACUAAACAUUCGGCGUCCACGUCCAAAUACGAAUCGUUUCAACGCGAGAUGGAACGGGUGAAAUCGGAGGAUAUCUUUACUUUAUCUACGUUGUUUGACACACGAUUUUAUGUGGUUUUCAUUCUCGUCAUAAUGAUCGCAACGGCAGUUUAUCUCGUAUAUAUUGAUUCUGUAUUGUACAUAUUUAUGGAUAUUUUGGAUAUGCCUCACAGAGAUUAUGACAGUCCGUCCGAUCUUUCAUUAUUCAUACCGGACGAAGCGGUAAUGUACAAAAUACCGCCACCUAAAUAUGACGAAUCGUCCUGUCGUUCGAACGUUUAAGUCACGACAUUUCGAUGAAAAUUUAACACGAAGUGUAAUUGCAUCGCGUUUCAAAAAUUGCAUAAGCAUAAUGUAACAGUGCAAUAUUAAUUACUUUUAAUUUUGUUGAGA